AGCGCAUAGUUGUUUGACUAAGUAUCUUUCCAGCUUUCACCACUUCGUUUUAAACUAUAACAUUAAUUUGUUCAGACUCAGUUUUGACACAGAACAAUGUCGGAUGUCGGAUCUGAAGAGUUUGACGACGAACACAGUAAACUCGGGGAAUAUGAAGGGGACAGAAAUGAAGCGGGAGAGAGGCAUGGAGUCGGUAAAGCCGUCCUGCCCAAUGGAGACACUUAUCAGGGACAGUAUGAGAACAGCAAGAGACACGGACAGGGGACAUAUCGGUUCAAGAAUGGGGCAAGAUAUGUGGGAGACUAUUACCAGAACAUGAAACAUGGACAAGGCACCUUCUACUAUCCAGAUGGCUCCAAAUAUGAAGGGUUGUGGGUCGAGGACCUAAGACACGGUCACGGUGUCUACACUUACCCCAAUGGAGACACGUAUGAUGGAGAGUGGCUGCAUCACAUGAGACACGGUCAGGGAAUCUACCACUACCAUGACACUGGCUCAAAGUACAAGGGCUCGUGGGUGAAUGGCAACAUGGAGUCAGCCGGAGAGUACAUCCACUCCAACCACAGAUACCAGGGUAACUUCACCAACAACAAUCCCUACGGCCCGGGGAAGUAUGUGUUUGACAUCGGGUGUGAGCAACAUGGUGAAUACCAGCAAAAUGAGCAGGACCAAGCUGAUGGUGAAUGGGGUGCGUUGGCCUCCACCACAGUCCUCAAGUGGAUUCCCAAGUGCAUCACUGGCCUGACGCCGUGGACUCCAGCCAAAGAGGCUUCAGCUGGUGAAAAGGAAACAGCUUCAGCAGAAGAGGGUGGACAGAAGUGACCUGUGAGAUCAAUCCACCACCCUGCAUGUUUCAGCCUUUGUUUGAAAAUGAAAAUAACAUACAUAAGUAAAUAUGUAACACAAACCUGUGUCAAAUUGUAACAAAUGGAAACUGUUCAUUCCCUGUUGAAAUUAUCCUGGAUUUAAACACUGCUUUUCAUAGAGUGCAGCAUAAAGCAGACGCUGCCCCCCUGUGGCUCUGUGUAGAAUAACAUUAUUGUUCUUCAGUGACAUUUAAAGCUAGAGUGAGUGUUUGUAAUCCAAUAGAUUUUAGUCAGAUUCAGUAAAUAUCUCCUCAUGGUCCGCUCACUAUUCGUUCUGUUUGCUGGAAAAAAAUCUGGUUAAAAGUUCUUCUUAUUUACUUGUAAUAUCUGUUGUUAUUGUAAAGCACAUUAUAACUUUGUUUUUGAAAGGUGCUAUAUAAAUAAAGUUAUUACUAUUAUUAGCCACUCUACCUCUGGCUGUGGCUCAGGAGGUAGAGUGAGUCAUCCACUAAUCAGAAGGUCGGUGGUUUGAUCCCUGGCUCCUCCAGUCCACAUGUCCACAAAAGACUGAACUCCAAAUUGCCCCAAAUAUGAGGGAGUGUGAGUGUCUAGUCGUUAAAACUAUAAAAGAGCUUCAUAAGUGUAGUCCAUUUACCAUCAUUAAGAAUGGUGGACUGUGUACUAGUCAGUACUCAUGUAAUGAUGUCUUCUUCUUUCAGUGGGAGAGCUGCGAUGUCAUAAAAAUGAAACAAUUUUUCAUGGUGGAGUCUCAUCUUGUCAUACAACCCUGUAUCAAAUGAUAAAUAAAUUAACCUUGUAACCUUUCUUUCACUUAUUUAGUAAAUAUUGUGCGUUAUUCAUUCUCUAUCGAGUUCAUAGCUUGUAGCUAUAAUCCUAACCCACGUGCAUUGAAAUAAAUUACUAAAUUCUAUACACUUUAUAUACUAUAGACAUUUUUAUUAUUAUGUCAAUGUACAUGGCAAUAUUGUAGACCUUAAUUGUAUGUAUGGGAGUUAAUGAAAUCAAAAUAUGCUAGUAAGACUGU